AUCUGGUACAAGUGGAGCUCUGGAGCGAUGGAGUUUACAGGCAAGGAUCCGGUAGAUGCAUGGUAUGAAGAAAUUAAGGAUUAUGACUACAACAAUCCUGGAUUUUCCAGUGAAACUGGGCACUUCACACAGCUGCUAUGGAAGGACACCACAGAAAUGGCAAUUGCUUACUCGGUGAGUGGGCAGACGGCGAUAGCGGUGGCGCAUUACUCCCCGGCUGGAAACAUCACCAACGAGGGGUAUUUUGAGAAGAACGUUCUGCCCCUCGCAGCCCCUCCUGAGGCAAAAGCAGAGCCUGCAGCCGAGAACGUGACAGCAGAGCCUGCGCCGGAGCCCCAAGCCAAACCAGAGGCAGAGAAUGCAGAAGAGAAAGCCGAAGAGCCUGAAACAAUCCUCAGGACCCCAAAGACAACACCUGUGGUCACACCCUCGCCCGAGGCAGAACCAGAGGAAAAGGAAGUGGAAGCUCCAGCAGCUGUGGCAGAUAAUGAAAUGAGCAUGUUUGAGUCCGAAGCUUUGGAGGCUCACAAUCAUUACAGAGCGAUGCACGACGCACCAGCGCUCCAAUACAGUUUUGAACUACGGCAAGAAUGCAAGAGGUGGGCAGAAUACCUGGCAUCCAUGGGAAUGGCAGAGGACAGCAAGACCAAGAACGGCGAGAACAUCUGGACCACACUCAGCACCGCAGCAGAAAUUUCAGGCAAAGACCCUGUUACUGCGUGGUACAACGAAAUCAUUGAUUACAACUUUAACAGUCCUGGUUACAGCACACUGACAUGUCGAUUUACCCAGAUGGUCUGGGUGGAAAGCACACAGAUGGGCAUUGCUUAUGCAGUAGGGACCAAGGAGAUAUUUGUGGUGGCCCAGUACAGCCCAGCUGGAAACAUCAUGGACCAGAACUCCUUCCAAACUAACGUGCGGCCAAAAGACUCACUCUCCGUGGACUCCAAAGAUAAAAACGACGCGAUUUCUCAACAAACGGUCGACAAUGAGGCAGCAGUACUGGCGCGGUUUGAGAAGGAGGCUCUGGAGUCUCACAACGUGUACCGAGCUCGCCACAACACAGCGCCUCUGUUCUUCAGUGGGGAACUGAGCAAGGACUGCAAGGUCUGGGCAGUAGCCCUUUCACAGAAUGGUGUCAUUGCACAGAGUCCCACCAACUUCGGCGAGAACAUCUGGUCCAACCCUAACAUCACGGAAGGAGAAAUUGCAGGAAACGUUGCAGUGGACAGCUGGUAUUCAGAAAUUAACGACUAUGACUUUGAAAAUCCUGGACCAUCCACGAAGACCGAACAUUUUACUCAGCUGAUCUGGCAGGAGACCACCGAGAUGGGGAUUGCGUAUGACGUGAGUGACAAAGGGGCUUUUGUGGUGGCUCAGUACAAGCCUCGCGGGAACACACCCGGUCCGGAAUCCUUUGCCAGGAACGUCCUCCCACUGGAUGCCUCGUACAGCAAGCCCGCGGCUGAACCAGCAUCUCCCGCUGCACCAAAGGAGGAAGCUCCAGCAGGAGAGAAGCCAACAGCUGAGAAGGAACCUGCCAAGGAACCUGAAACCAAGGAGGAACCAGCUGAGGAGCAGGCAGCCGAAGAGAAACUGGCCGAAGAGAAACCGGCCGAAGAGAAACCGGCCGAGGCAAAACCAGCCGAUGAACAGCCUGCCGCAGCAGCAGAAUCAGCAGCCUCUCCAAAGGGAGAAAAGAAAAAAGCACAUCGUCACUGUCCCAAGAAGAAAGAUCCAAAACUGAAGAAGGCCGAGCGAAGCCCAUGCGACCCCAACGCUCUCCAGAGAUCACAGUGGAGGCCCCAGUACCCCUACAUCCCAGCCAUACUUGAUCACGUCUUCAAGUCGCAAGGUUCUGGUAUCUUUGCCUCACAGUUGCUGAAAUCUGUGAAUGAGUACCGGAAGAGGCAUGGAGCAAAACCAUUAAUCCUAAACCCAGAUGUCAGUGAAAAGGCUACCAAAUGGGCAAGACAUCUGGUAAACUCCAGGACACUGCAGCACAGUGUCACAUCGCAUGGGGAGAAUAUCUGGUGUCAGCAGAGCACAAUCAGGCAGGAGGUGACAGGACAACAGGCUGCUGACUCGUGGUACAACGAAAUUAAGAAUUAUGACUUCUCCUCUCCUGGAUUUCAGAAGAAUUGUGGUCAUUUCACACAGCUGGUUUGGAAAGACUCCAAGGAGAUGGGGGUUGGCCUGGCAUCUGAUGGUAAAGGUCUCACUAUCGUGGUGGCUCAGUUUAACCCAGCUGGUAACAUCACCAAUCCGGGCUACUUUACUAGAAAUGUCCUGCCCGCUGGCAGCAAGGUGCAGGAGGAUGAGGGUUCGUCAGCCCCCAGAGGGAACACAAGCAAACCUGGUGCACCGGAGACAGGCUUGUUGGCACCUACAUCAGGUGAAGAUUCAGGAAAUUUUGCCGAACAGUUGCUGAAUUCCGCAAACAAGUAUCGGGCGCGCCAUGGAGCACAACCUUUAAUCCUGAACUCUCAAAUCAGCAGGGAUGCAGAGAAAUGGGCAAAACAUCUUGUCAAGUCUAGAACACUGAAGCACAGUGACACACCAUAUGGGGAGAACAUCUGGUAUCAACAAGGCCCUGCAGAUUGCCAGGUCACAGGACAGGCAGUUGUUGAUUCCUGGUACAAUGAAAUUAAAGAUUAUGACUUCUCCUCCUCUGGAUUUCAAAAGAAUUGUGGCCAUUUCACACAGUUGGUGUGGCAAGAUUCCAAGGAGAUGGGAGUUGGCCUAGCAUCUGAUGGCAAAGGUUUCACUGUCGUGGUGGCUCAGUUCAACCCAGCUGGUAACAUCACCAAUCCAGGCUACUUUGCUAAAAACGUCCUGCCCCCUGGCAGCAAGGUGCAGCAAGGUGGAUCAGCCCACAGAGAAAAAGUCAAGGCAUCUGACACUCCAGAUACAGGGAAAGCAGCACCAGUUUCGGGUGAAGAUUCAGGAAAUUUUGCCGAACAGUUGCUGAAUUCCGCAAACAAGUAUCGGGCGCGCCAUGGAGCACAACCUUUAAUCCUGAACUCUCAAAUCAGCAGGGAUGCAGAGAAAUGGGCAAAACAUCUUGUCAAGUCUAGAACACUGAAGCACAGUGACACACCAUAUGGGGAGAACAUCUGGUAUCAACAAGGCCCUGCAGAUUGCCAGGUCACAGGACAGGCAGUUGUUGAUUCCUGGUACAAUGAAAUUAAAGAUUAUGACUUCUCCUCCUCUGGAUUUCAAAAGAAUUGUGGCCAUUUCACACAGUUGGUGUGGCAAGAUUCCAAGGAGAUGGGAGUUGGCCUAGCAUCUGAUGGCAAAGGUUUCACUGUCGUGGUGGCUCAGUUCAACCCAGCUGGUAACAUCACCAAUCCAGGCUACUUUGCUAAAAACGUCCUGCCCCCUGGCAGCAAGGUGCAGCAAGGUGGAUCAGCCCACAGAGAAAAAGUCAAGGCAUCUGACACUCCAGAUACAGGGAAAGCAGCACCAGUUUCGGGCAAUGAAAAGGAUGCUUUGAUUGCUGAGCUGCUUAAAGAGCACAAUAGUUUACGAGCUCGACAUCAGUCCCCACCACUCCAGGUCAAUCCUGAACUGUCUAUACAAGCAAAGAAAUGGGCAGAGCAUCUUGCCAGUAUCAAAGCACUCAAGCACAGUGACACCCAAUAUGGAGAGAACCUCUGGUACAAAUGGAGCAGCAACAAAACACUACCAACAGGGAAAGAGGUGAGUGAAUCCUGGUACAAUGAAAUUCGGGACUACAACUUCAAAGCUCCAGGAUUUAGUAGUAAGACAGGACACUUCACCCAGCUGGUGUGGAAGGCAACAAAAGAGAUGGGGGCUGGACAAGCAACGGAUGGGAAAGGCACAUUCUUUGUGGUGGCAGUCUACAAGCCAGCAGGGAACAUCAGCAAUCCUGGCUAUUUCAAGGAAAAUGUGUUACCUCCCAGGAAACAAUGAGCCAGGAGGAUGAAUAAGAGUGGCACUUAUCACAUGUAGCUGCCCCAUACAAUGCACAAAUAAUAUCUUUUUGAAAUUUAAUUAAUGCUUUAAAUGGUACUUUUUUCCAGGUUAGAGGAAUUUAGCUGAAAUAUUUUAAUAAUAAUAUGCAAAGCUCAGUGAGUAAAUACGGAUACUUGUUCAACUCUAAUUUCCUUCUCCCUUCUGUUUUUGCUUGUGGUUUUUACUGCCUGGGUUUAAGAUAUGAAAUUGCUGAGCAAAAUACAUCUUUCUGCUGCUUUCUUUUAAGGCUGUCCUUGAAAUUUUCUACAUUUCAUGAUAGUUCACCUUUUCUAAUUUCUCUAUGUACUUCAGUAUCAAAUUAUAUUGUUAACCCCCUUCACAAGAGCAAUAGGCUGUUUUAAUACAAUAAAAUCACAGUAUACUAUACACCUCCAAGGUCUGAUCAUCCAGCACCCUCAUUUCUUUGUUGUGCUAGACUUGUAGAUUCCUGUUUUUAAUAAUAUUAAAUUGAAAAGGAAUGAGGGACAGAACUGUUAAAUGUAGAUGGAGCUAGGGAACUAAGCACCAAUGAGUUUUAAGGGAAUGGUCCUGGGUGUCUCAAGUGGGAAAGAAAGCCUGUUGAGCCAUUAAGACUACUGUCGGGAUUUGGAUAAUUAGUAUUUUACGGUAUGUCACUGAGAUAUUUGAGGUACAACCUAUAUUGUUGUAAUCCUAGCCAAUACAGUGAGAAGGGUGUGAUUGAAUCAGAAUCAGGUUUAAUAUCACCAGCAUAUGUGAAAUUUGUUAACUUCAUGGCAGCAAUACAAUGCAAUAUAUGAUAUAAAAAGAAAAAGUAAAUCAAUUACAGUGAAUAUAUAUAUAUAUAUACAUACACACACACACAUAUUAAAUAGUUAAAUUACAAAUAAUGCAAAAACAGUAAUAUUACAAUGAGGUAGUGUUCAUGGGUUCAAUGUCCAUUUAGGAAUCAUAUGGCAGAGGGGAAGAAACUGAUCCUGAAUCACUGAGUGUGUGCCUCAGUCUUCUGUACCUCCUUCCUGACAGUGACAAUGAGAAGAGAGCACAUCCUAGAUGAUGCAGGAACAAUCCCAUAUGCAGACUGCAUACACAAUAAUUAAAGAAGAUAGUUUUAUUAACACAAUUUGUAUCAGAGUUUGGGCAGAGAAAUGUGUAGGAUUUUUCCUGCCAAUAUGUAUUUUGUAAUAAAAGCUGGGAGUGGUCUAAGGGAAAGUUAUGUUAAUUUGCUAGCUGACUUGUUUCUCUUACUGGAGCUGAUUUCACCACUCUUCUGUUCCUUCUGAGCACUGGUGUUAAAUACUUUCCUACUGCUGUCAUGCUGUUUUUCCUUCAAGCAGCCACCAAUGAAUAACACCCUUUGAAUGCAAAGGGACACAGACCUCCUUUGGGGCCUUUAUGAUGCACCAUAGCAACAGUGCGCUGAAGUAAACUGCAGAUUUUCCAAUCUUAAAGCCUUUCAUGAUGUUAGUGAGAUGUUUGGUAUUAGUAUGUGGAAACUCUCAUCCAUUUAUUCAUUGUAUUUCGUCAAUUGUUAAAAGUGACUGUUUUUAAUGCUGCUUUUAUUUUACAAAUUAUGCUCUCAGCUGCUGUAGUGAUUGUAGAGACUAUUAGAAUAAAGAAUCACUUGG